AAACGGAACAUGUAUGACUUGUUCCUUCCCGAGUCUUUUAGACCAGAUAUAAAAUUUAAAUGCAAUGUAGUGUCUACCAGUCACAUUCCCAUCGCUCCGUUUUUCUGUUCCCUCAUGGCUCCGUUAUUUCAUUUCAUCUAAACAGCAACAUAUUUGAUCAAACCAACGACGGACGGAGAGAUCAACCACUGACGACGCCACCGAGAUGAAGUACUGGAAACCAAGGUUGUCCAAGCAGAGCGACAAGUACGAGGUGAGGCUUAACCGUUUGAGGCUCGAAUUGGGACUGUUUGGAGCCAGGGUGCGUGGCAAUGAGACGAUGGCCAUCGAAAUUGCUGCCAAACCUGAGUCUUCGAACCCAACCUCACGCUUCGCUCUUCCUUUUUAUCCUAAGUCCAAACGACGCUGCCUGUACACCACCGACCGCAAAACCAUCAGAAAAUCACCGACUCUCUCAUGGGACGCACGUGACCUCCAAGAUUUUCAUGUCGUCCUCAAAGAUGACUCCGCCGUCUGCGACGUGGCGUUUCAUGUCCUAUAUGAAGAGAGGAGUGAAGGAAAACCCAGCGCUAAAAGGGAGGUGGUCGGAAAAGUUUCGAUGGACUUGACGAUGGCGGAAUUGCUUGAUAAGAAACAGGCGAAGACGAAGUCCGGUUGUCAGCUUCGAAGAAGGCUUCCAAUCGAAUUGAGAAUCAACGGUUUGGCCAUAGAAGCCACCCUUUCGGUCUCUGGGAGCUUUCUGAAGCUCAAUAGUUCUCAUGACUCGCGUAAAACCCCCGAAAAUUCGGUCUCCUCCGAGAAGAAGCAAAACGAAAGGAAGAUUGAUGAACCGAGUGCUUCCGAGUCAGAAGAUUACCGCUGGUUUGACUCAGAUGAUUCGUCCAAAUCGUUCACCAGUACCAGCACCACAAGCAGUGGGAGCAGCCUUAACGCACUUCUCAGCAAGGUUAAACCCAAAAAGAAGUUUGAGACAGAUAAUUGUUUGGACACAAGCCAAAGGAAUGGCAUUAAGGGAUUCAAUUUUAGAGCCACGACCACAAGGAAACCAGAGGCCUUGAAUACGAAACCAGAUAAAGGAUGGCAGAGGAAGGAGCUGAUGAGCAGAGAUGGACGAGCAAAGCUUAACACUAGUGUGUUCUUUGCUUCAUUUGAUCAACGAAGCGAACAAGCCUCUGGCGAGAGUGCUUGUGCAGCACUUGUGACAUUCGUAGCCCACUGGCUUCAUUCGAACCAAGACAUGCCGACAAAACCAGAAUUUGAUAACCUCAUCACGGAAGGUUCCUCUGAAUGGAGAAGGCUGUGUGAAAGAGAUGAUGCCUCCUCGAAGCUCUUCCCGGACAAGCACUUUGAUCUUGAUACUGUCAUAGAAGCCAACCUGAGGCCUCUGUUUGUUGUCCGUGAGAAAUCAUAUACGGGAUUUUUCUCCCCUGACAAGUUUGAGAGCCUGAAAGGAGCCAUGUCGUUCGAUGAGAUUUGGCAUGAGAUAAGCAGAGACGUGGUUGAUUAUGAGCCAAGGAUCUACAUUGUAAGUUGGAACGAUCAUUUUUUCGUGUUGAAGCUAGAAGCAGAUGCUUAUUACAUUAUAGACUCCUUGGGGGAGAGGCUUUUUGAAGGUUGCAAAGAGGCAUUCAUAUUGAGGUUCGAUGAUUCGAGCUCCAUGUAUGAAAAAGCAGAAAAAGCAGCCAGGAGAAAUGACAGUAGUGGUGGUGGUGGUAGCUUCAAGAGUGAGAAGGAAAAUCUCAAGUUAGUUUGCAGUGGAAAAGAUUGUUGUAGGGAGUUCAUUAAACGGUUUCUUGCAGCCUUACCACUGAAGUAUCUAGAGGAAGAGGAGAAGAAAGGGGCCAUUUCUAGCCCCUAUCUUCACCGGCGACUGCAGAUUGACUUCCAUUAUAGCUCUUCACUGUCCACGUCUUCAACAGCUACCUCUCUUUUCAAGUGGGGCUUUAGAAAACCUCAGUCCUACCAAUAAGAAAACCUCAAGCUUCUUGCCCUAGUGCCUUAAUGCUUAUAUCCUAUGACUCUUGAAGCGUGGAAUGAAAGAAGGAGCUACGAGGCUGAUGUUGGAGAUUUUUGGGUCUCUUGAAGCAUGAGAUUUCCCACUUUGUAUAGUGAAAUUUGCCCAUUUGAGAACACAUAUCAGGAGACUCAGCUAUGGCUGCUUCUUUUUCUUGUGACAAUUACAUGUGAUUUUGCUGAUUUGAAGAAGCAAGUUAUACCUGAAUAAAUGUUGUGUCUAUGUAGUAUGAUUAGUCAAUUGGCUUUUUAAUUUA